AUGGCUAUGGACGAGCAUCUAAUUGCGCAGGUGAACAAGCUGCAAAAUGCGUUUGCAGCAUUGGGAACCACGACAAAUCCUAUUGAUUUACCGCAGAUUGCUGUGGUUGGGUCCCAGUCCAGUGGUAAAUCCUCCGUGCUGGAGAACAUUGUUGGAAGAGACUUUUUGCCCAGAGGGUCUGGCAUUGUCACAAGGCGCCCUUUAGUUUUACAGCUCACCAAUAUUCCUGAGGGCCAGAAGCUUCCUGAGGGAUACACGUUGCAACCAGGUGAUAAUGCCGACGAAUGGGGUGAGUUUCUGCACGCGCCCAAUAAGCGGUUUUACUCUUUUGACGCGAUUCGUAAGGAAAUUGAGGACGAAACUGAGCGCACUACUGGCAAGAACGUCGGAAUCUCUCCUAUUCCUAUCAACUUGCAGGUCUACAGCCCCAAGGUUCUUACACUCACUCUGGUCGAUCUUCCUGGUCUCACAAAAGUGCCAGUUGGCGACCAACCCCCGGAUAUCGAAAAUCAGAUCCGGGAGAUGAUUUUGACAUAUAUUUCCAAGCCCAAUACAAUUAUUCUGUCUGUCACAGCUGCAAACACCGAUAUCGCGAAUUCAGAUGGUCUCAAGCUUGCCCGUGAAGUCGAUCCUCAAGGCGCCCGAACUAUUGGCGUUUUGACAAAGAUCGAUCUCAUGGAUCGUGGCACUGACGUGGUGGAUAUUCUUGCAUUGCGUGUUAUCAAGCUCAAAUACGGCUUUGUUCCUGUUAUCAACCGUGGCCAACAAGAUAUCAACAACAACAAAUCCAUUUCACAGGCUCUGGAAUACGAGCGUCAGUUCUUCGAGACCCACCCUUCCUACCAGAUGAAUGCCAAGUACUGCGGUACCCCCUUUCUAGCUACUCGCUUGAAUGCUAUUUUGAGUAGCCACAUCAAGGCUACUCUGCCUCAGAUUAAACUUAAGAUUGGAACCACUUUAGCCAAGUAUCGUGAAGAACUUGAUCAGUUGGGCGAUGAGAGUAUGCUUGGCUCUGCUUCAAACAUUCUUAUGAAUAUUAUCACUGAGAUGGCCAAUGAGUACCGUACAAUUUUGGAUGGUAACAGCAUCGAUAUCAGUACAACAGAACUCAGCGGUGGAGCCCGUAUUUCUUUCGUGUUCCACGAAUUAUUUGCCACGGGUGUAAAGGCAAUUGACCCCUUUGAGCAUAUAAAGGAUGUCGAUAUCCGCACCAUUCUGUACAAUUCUUCAGGGUCUACUCCCUCAUUGUUUGUUGCUACUCAGGGCUUUGAGGUAAUUGUUAAGCAACAGAUCAAGCGGUUUGAAGAACCAGCUCUCCGUUGUGUUACACUCAUCUAUGAAGAGUUGGUCCGCAUUGUAUCCAGUAUUCUUCAAAAGCCUGCGUUUAAGCGCUACCCGCAGCUCCGGGACCAGCUUCACAGCGAGGCCUUGUUGUACUUGCAGGGUCUAACUCUGCCCACUAACAAGCUGGUGUCUGAUAUGGUCGGCAUGGAAGCUUCAUAUAUUAAUACUGGCCAUCCCGAUUUUGUGGAUGGUCACGAAGCUAUGGAGAUUGUUUCUGAAAAACACCGACCAAAGGGGAAGCCUCAAACCUCCACACCGACUCCUGAGGUGCCUGGGAACUCGAAGGAAGGCUUCUUUGGUUCUUUCUUUGGAGGAAAGUCUACGAAAAAGAAGAUGGCGGCUAUGGAAGCUCCCCCUGCUAUUCUUAAAGCCUCGGGCACGCUUAGCGAGCGGGAAACGAUGGAGACCGACGUCAUCAAGUUGUUGAUCCAGUCGUAUUUCAACAUCGUCAAGCGUACAACUAUCGAUAUGGUCCCCAAGGCUGUGAUGCUAAAUCUCGUUGAGCGUUCGAAACAAAACUUGCAAAGCGAACUGCUGGCCAAGCUGUACAAAGACAACUCGUUCGAGUCUUUACUCAAGGAGAGCGACUUUGUUGUCGAGCGUCGCAAAGAAUGCGUCAAAAUGGUCAAGACUCUGGAAAACGCUUCCGAAAUUGUCGCAAGUGCAUUAAAUUAA